AGCAGGAGCAGGCGGAGGAGGAGGGGUAUUUCGGGGCGGCGAGGAGCAGGUGGCGCUCAGUGCCGCGCUGGGAAGCGGCCAGCUCGGAAGCGGCCUGCUGCGGCGCGCCCCGACACUGCCCGGCCUCCGCUCCGCUCCGCGCCGCGCCGCUCCGCGCCAUGGGCUCGGCGCUGCCGCCGCCGCCGCCGCCGCUGCUGCUGCUGGCUCUGGGCAUUCUUCAUAAUUGUUGUGAAGCCUACAAUGUUGGGCUUUCUGGAGCAAAAAUAUUUUCUGGUCCGUCAAGAGAGCAGUUUGGAUAUGCAGUACAACAGUUUUUAAAUGAACAAGGCAAAUGGUUGUUGGUUGGUUCACCCUGGAGUGGCUAUCCAGCUAAUAGAACUGGAGAUAUCUAUGCAUGUCCUGUUGGUACAUCCAAAACCACAUGCAAAAAAUUGAAUUUACAAGCUUUAACAACCAUUCCAAAUGUGACUGAGAUAAAGGAAGAAAUGAACCUUGGCUUGACUCUGAUACAGAACUCAAAAACGGGAGGAUUUCUGACUUGUGGUCCCUUGUGGGCACAGCAGUGUGGAAGCCAAUACUAUGCAACAGGAGUCUGUUCUGAAAUCAGUCCAAGUUUCCAGAUCCUAAGAAGCUUUUCUCCUGCUGUUCAAAAAUGUUCCUCUGUCAUAGAUGUUGUGGUGGUUUGUGAUGAGUCAAACAGCAUUUAUCCCUGGGACGCAGUGAGUGCGUUUUUGAAAAAGUUUGUACAGGGCUUAGAUAUCGGCCCUACCAAAACCCAGGUGGGUUUAAUUCAAUAUGGUAAUGAUCCACGCAUAGUGUUCAACUUGAAUGAAUAUAAAGCAAAGGAUGACGUUGUUAAAGCAAUGGAGGGAACCUAUCAGAAGGGAGGAGAUUUGACUAAUACUUUCAAAGCCAUUGACUAUGCAAGACGUUAUGCCUUCUCUCCCGAAUCGGGGGGACGCCCAACAGCCACGAAAGUAAUGGUCGUUGUAACAGAUGGUGAAUCACAUGAUGGCUCCAACUUGCAAGCAGUGAUAGGUAAAUGCAAUGAAGACAAUAUAACCAGAUUUGGCAUUGCUGUUUUGGGUUACUUAAUCAGACAUGAACUUGAUACUAAAAACUUAAUCAAAGAAAUCAAAGGAAUUGCUAGUCAUCCAACAGACAAGUAUUUCUUUAAUGUGUCAUCUGAGGCUGCACUGCUAGAAGAAGCAGGAACACUUGGCGAGCGCAUUUUUAGCAUAGAAGGUACAGAUCAAGGCGAUACAUUCCAAAUGGAAAUGUCACAAGUGGGCUUCAGUGCAUAUUACUCACAGAAAAAGGAUGUUCUACUGUUGGGUGCUGUUGGGGCUUACGACUGGAGUGGAACAGUAGUUCAGGAGGCUUCAAACAAAGUGACCACCUUUCCAAGUCAUGUAUUUGAGAAAAUUCUACAGGACAGAAAUCAUAGCUCAUAUCUAGGUUAUUCUGUUGCCAUUCUCUCAACUCAAAACUCUGUCUAUUUUGUUGCUGGUGCACCAAGAUCCAACUAUACUGGCAGAGUUGUGGUUUAUGAUGUUGACAGCCAUGGUAAUAUCACAAUUGUGCAGUCCCACAGAGGCGAGCAGAUUGGCUCCUACUUUGGCAGUGUGGUGUGUUCAGUGGACAUUAACAGAGAUUCUGUUACAGAUGUGCUGCUUGUAGGUGCACCGAUGUUUAUGAAUGACCUGAAGAAAGAGGAAGGGAGAGUAUACAUGUUUUCCAUCACAAAGGGAAUUUUGGAUCAACAAGAACUCUUGGAAGGUCCACAAAGGUUAGAAAACUCUCGCUUUGGAUCAGCGAUUGCAACACUUGCAGACAUUGAUUUAGAUGGCUUUAAUGAUGUUGUAAUAGGUGCACCACUGGAAAGCCAAAACUCUGGAGCAAUUUACAUUUACAAUGGAUAUCAAAAAACUAUACGUACCAAAUAUUCUCAGAAAAUUUUAGGAUCAGAUUCUGCUUUUGGACAACGGCUCCAAUUCUUUGGAAGAUCAGUAGAUGGCCAUAGAGACUUAGAUGACGAUGACACUACUGAUGUAUCAGUUGGUGCUGAUGGAAAUGUGGUUCUACUUUGGUCACAAAGCAUUGCAAAUGUGUCCAUAAUUGCCUCAUUUAAACCUGAGAAAAUCAGUCUGCUGAACAAGAACACAGAAAUAACUGUCAAAAUAUGUUUUGAGGCUACAUUUAGACCUGCUAAGAGAAAUAAUCAAGUGGCCAUAAGAUACAAUGCAACAUUGGAUGCUGAUCUCCAGUCCUCUAGAGUGACUUCUAGAGGAUUAUUCAAAGAAAAUAAUGAAAGGUACAUGCAGAGGGAUCUUGUGGUACGUCGUGAGGAAAACUGUGUUCACGACAUCUUCAGUGUACAGGAACCUUCUGAUGCAGUGAAUUCACUCAGUUUGCGCAUUGACAUUGGCCUAGCAAAUCCUGGCUCCAGUCCUGUCCUUGAUAUAUAUUCUCCUGCAUCUGUGGCCUACAGUAUUCCUUUCAUUAAAGACUGUGGUGAAGAUGAACUUUGUAUCUGUGAUCUUGUCCUUAAGGUUCAACAGAAGGUAGAUGAUAGCAAACAGAAUUUUGUUGUCAGCAGCAAAAACAGAAGGCUGACGUUCAAUGUGAAACUGAGAAAUAAAAAGGAAAAUGCAUAUAACACCAGAAUCCAGGCUACAUUUUCGGACAACUUGUUUUUUGCUUCAUCGUCUUUACCAAGUGAUGGGACUGAAGUCUCUUGUCAGACCGGCACAGCUCAAACUACAGUCAUUUGUCAAAUCAGCUAUCCUGUUUUCAGAACAGGACAACAGGUAUCUUUUGAUAUUAGUUUUGAUUUUAACCUGAAAAAUCUUCAGAAUAUGGCAAUUCUAAGUUUUCGUGCAUUAAGUGAAAGUAAGGAAGAGCAUGACUUGGACAACGAGGUCAGUUUAUCAAUUCCUUUGCGGUAUGAUGCAGAAAUUCACUUCACAAGGCUUGCCAACAUCAACUUCUAUGAAGUGUACUCUGAUCAUAACAUUCCUUCCACUGUGAAUAAUUUUGGAGAAAUUGGCCCCACGUUCAACUUUUCAGUUAAGGUAACAACAGGAAGUAUUCCGGUAAAGAUGGCAUCUGUAAAAAUCCAUCUUCCAGAACUGACCAACAAAGACAACCCACUGAUGUAUAUAACUGCAGUCGACACAGAUGAGGCCAGAGGUGUUACUUGUCAAGCUCAAAUAAAUCCACUGAAAAUAGGAAAAAGACCUUAUUCUGCAUCUUUCAAGAAAGAGAACUUCCGAGCUUCCAAAGAACUGAAUUGUAAGAAUGCAAAGUGCAGUACCAUCACAUGCAAACUGGAAGACCUUAUGUUGAAGGGGGAGUAUUUUGUGAAUGUGUCUACCAGAAUCUGGAAUGGAACCUUUGCUGCUUCAACUUUCCAGACAUUACAACUCUCAGCAGAGGCAGAAAUCAAUACGCAUAAUCCUACAUUAUUUGUAAUUGGAGAGAAUACCCUAACUAUCUCAGUUACAAUAAUGAAGCCUGAUGAGAAAGCUGAGAUACCAGUUGGUGUUGUGAUUGGCAGUAUAUUGGCUGGACUCUUUUUGCUGUUAGCACUGGUUGCUGUUUUAUGGAAACUUGGCUUCUUCAAGAGACAGUAUGAAAAAAUGACACAGGAUAUAGAAGAUAUCGAUGAAGUUACAGAACUCACAAAGGACAAGGACUGAAGAUACAGAGUAAUGAGGAUAAAGAGAGGACAUCUGAGCCACCAACAGUAGUUGUGAUCCAAUCAGUUCUUCAGUUGGAGUGCCUUAAAGUUUAAUAAGAUUUAAACAUUUUUAAUGAAAGUGUCUUUUUUUAUAGAUGAAAAUAUUUUACAAAUUCUACUCUAUUAUAAGAGUAACUGCAGGACAGUUUUUUUUUUUCCCCAAAAAAAUGACUUAUAGUCCCUUUUCUUGUAUAUUUUUGCCUUUCAAACAAACUUAGCCCUUAGAACUGGCAGGUCCGGAGUUUACAGUAACAUAUUGUGCCAGCAACCCUUCUCCUGAUCCACUGCAGAGUGAAACAGAGAAAUUUAUUUCAGAUUAUUGUGGGACAGCAUCAGUUCAUAAUUCAGCUGACAAGUACCAUAUGUGUAAAGGACAUUUUCUAUUAACUUGAUGAUGAAUGUGUGGUGAAUACUGUUUCCAGCCUGGGAGAAGAAAAUUCAAUACAUCAUUGACUAGCUCCAUCCUUAUUGUUUUAGAGAAAUGAUUCACACCAGCAAACGUUUGUCUUAACUAAUCUAUAAACUAUAAAAUGGGAACUGCGUAUGAAGGUGUCUAUCCGUGUGUUAUAGGACAACCGGACGGGCAUAUUGCUCCAAAAGAUCACCGUAUUCCUUGCACUAAGGUCACAAAUUACUGAAGUAUAUUGUUUUUGGAAAAUAUUGCCAAAUGAUACACAUAACUGUCCUCUGCAUUGUGUUUUUCUGAAAAGAAAAUAUGAAUUUCACAACCACUUACAACACGUUCUCUGCACUGUUAUGACUGGUUUUCAAAUUUCAUCUUGAGAAGCACUAUCAGUACUGUUACACUGGGCUUUAAACUAGCAGUACCUCUGACAUCAUUUUGCCUUUAAUUCUGUACUGGAAGAUUUUUGCAAGCGUAAGCGCAUGACGGGAACUAGAAGGGAUGACUGAAGAAGUAAGCUGCUGUUAGGCCACAGGAGUGUGAAGAUCUAAGCUCUCUGAAUUAUGUACUGCACUUUCUCCUUUAGCAUCUCAGUGCCCUCCAAGAGAACAAAGCUCAGUAUGACCUACUUACCUCUUGUAAGUGGUUCCAUGUCUUGAAGAAGUUAACUUACAUUUUCUACAGUAAAGUACUGUAUUGCUCUGGAUGGAGCUCUGUUAACUGCACAACACUUGGGUGACUUUGUGUUGGUUAGUAACACCUCAGAUUCAUCACGUGCUAUUAUACUGCCUUUGUUGUAAUGCAAGCUCACUCUCACGGAGGCCCCUGCUGUUAAGACAGGUAACAGUCAAGAUAAUUGGCCUUUUGUCUGCCUUUCACUCUCCUGGCUGGCAGUAAUAAUCUACUGUUGGAGAAGAUGAUGUGUGUGUUGUCUUUAUGUAUGCUGAUUUACAGUUAAGAUUGUUUCUGAGGCAGAGGUGAUUCACUUGAAGAGUAAAACAUUUAAAUGUGCCUAACUGACUUCCAACCUCAAGCCUUGUCUUCUCCAAAGCUAGUUCUUCAUUAUGCUUAGGCACCUUUAAAACUGUUUUCUGAAGGGCUCUUCAAAAAUGAGACUUGAGCAUGCUUAAAAGAUUUAUUUGGUCUUUUUAAUCAGUAAAGAGUAAUCAGUCAGGAGUCAACCACGUUUUUGGCAAAUGAUAGCUUCAUUUACAAUGGCACCUGGAUUGUGUUCAGUGUAAUCUUAUGUGCGUUUUGGAUUUAUAUCUAUGAAAUGUUACGUUUUAGUUUGGGGGUUUUUUUUUAACAUUCUGAAAAACGAUCUGGAUUCUGAUCUUGAUUGUCUAACAAACAGGAUUGUUGCCACCAGCUAAGUCUGUGGCCAAAACAAUUAUUUAAAAAAUAAAGAAAUGUAGCAAUUGUGUAAAUUUCAAGAAUAAGCUCCUGAUUUGUAGUUAUGAACCCAGAAGGCAAAUACUCUAAAAGCAAAGAUAAAAAAACUGUCUGCCUCAAUUCUUGCAUAAACUUGAGGAAGAAAAAAACAAAACUCUACACCCGUAUGUGUGGGAAGUUCCUAUGUAACUGGGGUCAUGCAUUCCAGGCCAGAGAGGGAAUUUCACAGUGGAGCAGAUGGUAGCAUCUUUCAUUUCUGGUGCUGCUUGCAAGGAAAUUUAGGCAUUCAGCCAGACUUCCAUCUUCUGCCUUAAGUAGAAGGUACAGGUCCGUAUUCCACACCCAACUUUUUGGAGAAUUUAGCAAUUCAAGUAGACAGCAGUUAUUCAAUUCACUUGUCUUUACUGGGUUUUAUUUUGUCCCAUACAGUAAGACUUUCCCCCUUGCCUGGAAACAAUACUAUUCCCAAAAUAAAGGGAAGGCACAGCACUGGGUAAGGUUUUGUAUGCAUCACCUAACCACUUAAGGUUAGUAGUUUUAUUCGUGUUUUAUGAUUAAUACUUAAAUGGCUAAUUCAGUUUUUGUAAUGGGCGAGUUUAUUGCACUUUUGAGUUGGCACAGCUGCAAAUAAUGCUGGAAAUAUGAUGUAUAUUUUGUAUUAUGCUCAAAGGGGGUUUUUAGGUUUUUUUUUAAAACAGCAUGUUACAGAUGAAAUAAUAUUCUGAAAUGUCAGGCUUCAGCAUGUGCUUUUGUUUGUGCUUGCAGCAAGAGAAAUCAGGAGUAAGUUCAGCAAGCUCAAGUUAUAAAUAGAUCUGAUUCUGGUCUUGAAUCUAGGUGCACACUUAUUGAAGUACUAGAAUCAAGUCCUAACUCAGAGUUAGUUUCAUAUGAGACUAUGUAGAUUUGGGAUGUACAGGCUAGUUUAUAAUCAAACUGAGUUCUGAAAGCUAGUGUGUAAGCUCCAUGGGAGCAGGGACUCUCUCUAGUGCCUACCUGAAGGCCUAACACUGUUACUACAAUAAAAACAAGAAUACUGCUGAA